CAGAAAUGAGAUAAAGCUAUGUUCCACCAAGCAAACCAAGCACGCAGCACCACGCACUAUUCUACAAAUUUCAGCCGCCAUUCAUAGCCUGAAUCUCAACUUCACGGCCAAUUACCACACCCCAAAAAAUGAGCCUGAGCCGCCCUCUCCUCCUCCUCCUCUCUCUCUCCCUUUUCCCUCUCCCGUCCCUCUCCGCCACCGACACCGUCAUCUACGGCGGCUGCACCCAGCUCCAAUACUCCCCAACCUCCGCCUACCACUCAAAUCUCAACUCCCUCCUAACCUCCCUCCUCAACUCCGCCACAUACGCCUCCUACAACAACUACACCAUCCAAGCCUCAUCCCCACAGGACACUCUAUACGGUCUCUACCAGUGUCGCGGUGACCUCUCCAUGCCCGAUUGCGCCAAUUGCAUAGCCCACGCCCUCACCCAACUCGGGACCCUCUGCUCCAACAAAUGCGGCGCCGCCCUCCAACUGGAUGGCUGCUACGUCAAGUACGACAACUCCACCUUCCUGGGAGUGGAGGACAAGACAGUAGUGCUGAAGAAUUGCGGCCCGUCAAUUGGGUAUGAGGGGGAAGCAAUGGCGCAGCGGGACGCUGUGUUGGCGGCGCUAGUGGGGUCAAGUGGGGCGUACAGAGUGGGUGGGGCAGGGAACGUGCGUGGCGUGGCGCAGUGCGUGGGGGAUUUGAGUGGGAGCGAGUGUCAGGAGUGCGUGGGCGAGGCAAUUGGGCGGGUGAAGAGCGUGUGUGCGAUGGGGGGUUAUGGGGAUAUGUUCUUGGGGAAGUGCUAUGUGAGAUACAACACUCAUGGGCCUCCUCCUCCGGUGUUGGCUGACAAUCAUAAUGAUAAAUCUAAUGAUGACGGGGAGAAGACGUUUGCGAUAAUCGUUGGUCUUUUAGCUGGAAUUGCUCUUCUUAUUAUUUUUCUUGUAUUCAUUCGAAAGGUGUUUGAAAGAUCUGGUAAGGAAAUUCACUCAUAAUUCCGACAAUAAUUCUUUUUCUACACGUUUUUUUUUUCACUCACGUGCUUUUUAAGAACGUCGUUAAGAAGUCACUCUAUCGUAAUUUUUAAAUUUCUAUGAUUAUCUACUGAUAAGAAAAGUGUAUAAAGCUCUUAUUAUUUUGGUUUAA